AUGCAUUUUAUCAAGAGCGACAGCUCGGACUCACAGCGGCAAAGAGAGAGCGACAGCCCGGACUCACAGCGGCAAAGAGAGAGCGACAGCUCGGACUCACAGCGGCAAAGAGAGAGCGACAGCUCGGACUCACAGCGGCAAAGAGAGAGCGACAGCUCGGACUCACAGCGGCAAAAAGAGAGCGACAGCCCGGACUCACAGCGGCAAAGAGAGAGCGACAGCCCGGACUCACAGCGGCAAAGAGAGAGCGACAGCUCGGACUCACAGCGGCAAAGAGAGAGCGACAGCCCGGACUCACAGCGGCAAAGAGAGAGCGACAGCUCGGACUCAAAGCGGCAAAGAGAGAGCGACAGCUCGGACUCACAGCGGCAAAGAGAGAGCGACAGCUCGGACUCACAGCGGCAAAGAGAGAGCGACAGCCCGGACUCACAGCGGCAAAAAGAGAGCGACAGCUCGAACUCGCAGCGGCAAAAAAAGAGCGACAGCCCGGACUCACAGCGGCAAAAAGAGAGCGACAGCUCGGACUCACAGCGGCAAAGAGAGAGCGACAGCUCGGACUCAAAGCGGCAAAGAGAGAGCGACAGCUCGGACUCGCAGCGGCAAAGAGAGAGCGACAGCUCGGACUCGCAGCGGCAAAGAGAGAGCGACAGCCCGGACUCGCAGCGGCAAAGAGAGAGCGACAGCCCGAACUCACAGCGGCAAAGAGAGAGCGACAGCCCGGACUCAAAGCGGCAAAGAGAGAGCGACAGCUCGGACUCACAGCGGCAAAGAGAGAGCGACAGCUCGGACUCACAGCGGCAAAGAGAGAGCGACAGCCCGGACUCACAGCGGCAAAAAGAGAGCGACAGCCCGGACUCACAGCGGCAAAGAGAGAGCGACAGCUCGGACUCACAGCGGCAAAGAGAGAGCGACAGCCCGGACUCACAGCGGCAAAGAGAGAGCGACAGCCCGGACUCAAAGCGGCAAAGAGAGAGCGACAGCUCGGACUCACAGCGGCAAAGAGAGAGCGACAGCUCGGACUCACAGCGGCAAAGAGAGAGCGACAGCCCGGACUCACAGCGGCAAAAAGAGAGCGACAGCUCGAACUCGCAGCGGCAAAAAAAGAGCGACAGCCCGGACUCACAGCGGCAAAAAGAGAGCGACAGCUCGGACUCACAGCGGCAAAGAGAGAGCGACAGCUCGGACUCGCAGCGGCAAAGAGAGAGCGACAGCUCGGACUCGCAGCGGCAAAACGAGAGCGACAGCCCGGACUCACAGCGGCAAAACGAGAGCGACAGCCCGGACUCACAGCGGCAAAACGAGAGCGACAGCCCGGACUCACAGCGGCAAAACGAGAGCGACAGCCCGGACUCACAGCGGCAAAACGAGAGCGACAGCCCGGACUCAAAGCGAGAGCGACAGCCCGGACUCACAGCGGUAAAAAGAGAGCGACAGCCUGGACUCACAGCGGCAAAAAAAGAGCGACAGCCCGGACUCACAGCGGUAAAACGAGAGCGACAGCCCGGACUCACAGCGGCAAAACGAGAGCGACAGCCCGCUCAAAAAGAGAGCGACAGCCCGGACUCACAGCGGCAUAAAGAGAGCGACAGCUCGGACUCACAGCGGCAAAACGAGAGCGACAGCUCGGACUCACAGCGGCAAAACGAGAGCGACAGCUCGGACUCACAGCGGCAAAGAGAGAGCGACAGCUCGGACUCACAGCGGCAAAGAGAGAGCGACAGCUCGGACUCACAGCGGCAAAGAGAGAGCGACAGCUCGGACUCACAGCGGCAAAGAGAGAGCGACAGCUCGGACUCACAGCGGCAAAGAGAGAGCGACAGCUCGGACUCACAGCGGCAAAACGAGAGCGACAGCUCGGACUCACAGCGGCAAAACGAGAGCGACAGCCCGGACUCACAGCGGCAAAACGAGAGCGACAGCCCGGACUCACAGCGGCAAAACGAGAGCGACAGCCCGGACUCACAGCGGCAAAGAGAGAGCGACAGCUCGGACUCACAGCGGCAAAGAGAGAGCGACAGCUCGGACUCACAGCGGCAAAGAGAGAGCGACAGCUCGGACUCACAGCGGCAAAGAGAGAGCGACAGCUCGGACUCACAGCGGCAAAGAGAGAGCGACAGCUCGGACUCACAGCGGCAAAGAGAGAGCGACAGCUCGGACUCACAGCGGCAAAGAGAGAGCGACAGCUCGGACUCACAGCGGCAAAGAGAGAGCGACAGCUCGGACUCACAGCGGCAAAGAGAGAGUAGCGAACGGCAAAGAGAGAGCGACAGCUCGGACUCAAAGCGGCAAAGAGAGAGCGACAGCUCGGACUCAAUUGGCAAAGAGAGAGCGACAGCUCGGACUCACAGCGGCAAAGAGAGAGCGACAGCUCGGACUCACAGCGGCAAAGAGAGAGCGACAGCUCGGACUCAAAGCGGCAAAGAGAGAGCGACAGCUCGGACUCAAAGCGGCAAAGAGAGAGCGACAGCUCGGACUCACAGCGGCAAAGAGAGAGCGACAGCUCGGACUCAAAGCGGCAAAGAGAGAGCGACAGCUCGGACUCAAAGCGGCAAAGAGAGAGCGACAGCUCGGACUCAAAGCGGCAAAGAGAGAGCGACAGCUCGGACUCAAAGCGGCAAAGAGAGAGCGACAGCUCGGACUCACAGCGGCAAAGAGAGAGCGACAGCUCGGACUCACAGCGGCAAAGAGAGAGCGACAGCUCGGACUCAAAGCGGCAAAGAGAGAGUGACAGCUCGAACUCACAGUGGUAAAAAGAGUGACAGCUGGACUCACAGCGGCAAAGAGAGAGCGACAGCUCGGACUCACAGCGGCAAAGAGAGAGCGACAGCUCGGACUCAAAGCGACAAAGAGAGACGGCAAAGAGAGAGCGACAGCUCGGACUCACAGCGGCAAAGAGAGAGCGACAGCUCGGACUCACAGCGGCAAAGAGAGAGCGACAGCUCGGACUCACAGCGGCAAAGAGAGAGCGACAGCUCGGACUCACAGCGGCAAAGAGAGAGCGACAGCUCGGACUCACAGCGGCAAAGAGAGAGCGACAGCUCGGACUCACAGCGGCAAAGAGAGAGCGACAGCUCGGACUCACAGCGGCAAAGAGAGAGCGACAGCUCGGACUCACAGCGGCAAAGAGAGAGCGACAGCUCGGACUCACAGCGGCAAAGAGAGAGCGACAGCUCGGACUCACAGCGGCAAAGAGAGAGCGACAGCUCGGACUCACAGCGGCAAAGAGAGAGCGACAGCUCGGACUCACAGCGGCAAAGAGAGAGCGACAGCUCGGACUCACAGCGGCAAAGAGAGAGCGACAGCUCGGACUCACAGCGGCAAAGAGAGAGCGACAGCUCGGACUCACAGCGGCAAAGAGAGAGCGACAGCUCGGACUCACAGCGGCAAAGAGAGAGCGACAGCUCGGACUCACAGCGGCAAAGAUAG